AUGCUAGCAGGUGAAAUUCCAAGAACAAUUGGUAGUUGUGAAAGUUUAGAAUAUUUAAAUAUAGAUAGUAACUUCUUCCAAGGAAGCAUCCCCACAUCUUUGAGCAAUCUCAAAGCUAUUCAAGAAUUGGAUCUUUCUCGCAACAAUUUUACAGGCAAAAUUCCAGAAUAUUUCAAGAGCUUUCAAUUGUUGCAGUAUUUGAAUCUUUCUUAUAACGAUUUUGAUGGCAUGGUACCAAUAAAGGGUGUGUUUAGGAAUGCAAGUGCAAUUUCAAUCAUGGGCAAUAGUAAGCUUUGUGGGGGUAUACCUGAAUUACAGCUGCCUAGAUGCAACCUCAUGGAUCCUAAGAAGAGGGGUUCAACUACUCUUUCCUUCAAGAUGAAAGAGACGCGAAAAACCUUCUACAGAAGAUUCAGGAGGCUUGUUUUUAAGAGUGUCCUACCAAAGCAUCGAAAUCUUGUGAAGAUACUCAGUGCAUGUUCGAGUGUCGAUUUCCAAAAUAAUGAUUUCAAGGCUCUUGUUUAUGAGUUCAUGGUCAAUGGGAGUCUAGAUGACAGGUUGCAUCCAAUUGGAGGACAAGUUCACUGCGAUUUGAAGCCAAGCAAUGUUCUCCUGGAUGACGACAUGACUGCACAUGUUGGUGACUAUGGGAUAUCAAGAUUCCUUCUUGAUGCAAACCAAAAUAUUAGUGAAAAUCAAACCAGUUCUCUUCAGAGGAGAUAUAUAAUUGAACCAACUCCUUUACAUUUGUUUUUACAUGGGGUUGUGUGGAAUGUAGAGUAUGGUAUUGGAAGUGGGGUGUCAACUUCUGGUGAUGUAUACAGCUAUGGAAUACUCUUAUUGCAAAUGUUUCUAGGAAAAAGGCCAACCGAUGAAAUGUUCAAUGAUGGUAUGAAUCUUCAUAACUAUGCUAAGAUGGUUUUGCCACAGAGCAUAGUCAAUAUUGCAUAUUCAAUACUUUUUCAACAAGAAGAAGAGGGGGAGAAUUUUUAG